UUUCCUGGAGUUCGCCUCGGUUCCUGAGAUCGGCGCCGGCGGAGGAGGUAGGAGCCGAGCUGGGAGGAGGAGCUACAUACAGCCCCAGCCCACGCCGCUCCAUCUGCGGCGCUGGGAAGAGCAGCUCGGCGUCAGUCCCCCACUGCCCCUAGCUCGGAGCGCGAUGCCUGGGAUUGUGCAGUGAAACCGGAGCUGUGCGCUCCUACCCGGCAGGAGUAAUUACUCUUUACUAAACAGCAAGGACCUUUACAAGCAAGAUCUCUACUGAUAAAAGAAUUGACUCACUGUACCCAUAUGAUGGGCACUUCAAAUGAAGAGAUGGUCUCAGCGGAACAGAACUUGAACCCACUCUGCUUUGAAUGUGGCCAACAGCACUGGACAAGAGAGAAUCACUUGUACAAUUAUCAGAAUGAGGUGGACGAUGACUUGGUUUGCCAUAUUUGCCUUCAACCCUUGCUACAGCCAUUAGACACGCCUUGCGGUCACACAUUCUGCUAUAAGUGCCUACGGAAUUUUCUGCAAGAGAAGGAUUUCUGUCCCUUAGACCGCAAAAGGCUCCAUUUUAAAUUGUGCAAAAAAUCUAGCAUCCUUGUUCACAAACUGCUUGACAAGCUCUUGGUGCUGUGUCCCUUUUCUUUGGUAUGUGAAGAGGUAAUGCAGAGAUGUGACUUGGAAGCACACUUGAAAAACAGAUGUCCUGGGGCUUCCAAUCGAAGGGCUGCCUUGGAGAGAAGAAUAAACAGCAAAUUGCAGGCAGACAUGGAAAGUGAAAAUGAGAACACUGUGGGAGAUCAUCUUGACUCCCAGUCACCUGAAGUAGAGCAUGGUGGGACUGGAAUGGUGUCAGUGGAGCAGAACAUGAUAUCAGCUACAGUUCCAGUGUGGACAGAUGAGUCUGGCCUUGACAACCCUGCCUUUGAGGAGAACACAGGAACUGACACAACCCAUCAGCCAUCAAGUUUACCAGAAGGUGAGAUCACCACCAUUGAAAUUCAUCGGUCCAAUCCUUAUAUUGAAUUGGGAAUUAGCAUAGUGGGUGGCAAUGAAACACCUUUGAUCAACAUUGUUAUUCAAGAGGUUUAUCGCGAUGGGAUCAUUGCCAGAGAUGGAAGGCUCCUUGCUGGAGAUCAAGUACUGCAAGUGAAUAACUUGGACAUCAGUAACGUGUCUCACAACCAUGCCAGGGCCAUCCUUUCCCAGCCCUGUACAUCGCUGCAUCUCACCGUCCUCCGAGAGAGACGAUUUGUAAGCCGAACACACAACCACAGUGAUAGCCCUCCCCAGCGAGAGGAUAGCUUCCAUCUGACCCUACACAAACGAGACUCCAGUGAACAGCUUGGCAUUAAGCUGGUGCGCAGGACAGAUGAGCCAGGGGUAUUUAUUCUUGACCUUCUGGAAGGGGGGCUGGCUGCUCAGGAUGGCCGACUCUGUAGCAACGACAAGGUGUUGGCUAUCAAUGGGCAUGACCUGAAGCAUGGCACACCUGAACUGGCUGCCCAUAUUAUCCAGGCCAGCGGCGAGAGGGUGAGCCUAACCAUUUCUAGGCCUACCAAGUCCCAAAUUGUGAGCAUUCUCAGAGAUGGAGGAACACAUCCCAUCAGUCACCAUCAAUCCUAUCAGCUGUAUCACAGCAACAGGCCAAGCCCACAUAAGGACCUCUCACAAUGUGUGACUUGUCAAGAGAAGCACAUCACAGUGAAGAAGGAGCCCCAUGAAUCCCUUGGCAUGACAGUAGCAGGAGGCCGAGGCAGCAAAAGUGGGGAAUUGCCAAUAUUUGUUACAAGUGUACAGCCUCACGGCUGUCUGGCAAGAGAUGGCAGGAUCAAAAGAGGUGAUGUGUUAAUGAAUAUUAACGGCAUUGAUCUGACCAAUCUGAGUCAUAGUGAGGCUGUGGCUAUGCUCAAAGCCAGUGCUGCUUCCUCGGUUGUUGCUCUGAAAGCUCUAGAGGUCCAGAUUGCUGAAGAACAGCCCCAGGCAAAUGAUGAGCAGCUGAGCACCAUCAGCGAGAACGAAUAUGAUGCUAGCUGGUCACCAUCUUGGGUUAUGUGGUUAGGACUUCCAAGCUGCCUGCAUAGUUGCCAUGAUGUUGUGCUACGAAGGAGCAAUCUAGCAAGCUGGGGGUUCAGCAUUGUUGGUGGCUACGAGGAAAAUCACGCAAACCAGCCUUUCUUCAUUAAAACAAUUGUUCUGGGAACACCGGCAUAUUUUGAUGGAAGACUCAAAUGUGGCGAUAUGAUUGUUGCUGUCAAUGGACUUUCAACCAUGGGUAUGAGCCAUUCGGCGCUGGUUCCUAUGUUGAAGGAACAGAGAAACAAAGUAACACUGACCGUUAUCUGCUGGCCAGGAAGUCUUGUAUAGCGUGCAAAGAAUAUAUACAUUGGUUCAAGCAGCUUUGUUUUUCUUUUUUGGAAAUGGCUGGCUCAAAUUUUUCAGGCAAAGCUGUGUUUUUCUUUUUUCCCUUUUCUACUAAUGCAGCUGGUAAUAAGCUGGGCCAAAAAUUGCUACCUUCAUAUCUGAGAAGGGUGUGUGAACAGGGGGUGGGUGGGAAAGGAAGAUUUUUAACCACACUGUAUUGUUCUUUCCAUCCUAAAAUAGCCAUUUCUGUCAAGUUUUGUUUAUUUUCCACCAUUGUGUCACUGCGGUGUCCAUGUGCAUACACUUCAGUUUCUUGGUUGGCUUACAGAGGUCAACUUACUCCAGCAAUUGUGGUGGGGGGAGGGUUG